AGUUUCCUAGUUCCGCCUAGUGUGUGAACGCAACAAUAACAACGGAUCGGGGAAUUUUAACGUAGUCUACUGUCAACCUCAACAAGAGGAAAUUGGAUGUUGUACAUGAAGUUAGCUAGUUAACGUCAAAUUGAUUCAUUUGUUGCUGACAGAGCUACGGUGUGGUGGAAAUCAGUGUCAAGCCUAUUAGGCCUAACUUCACAAGUAUUGUGUGUGAGAGACCUCCAAUAUUAACAUUCCAAUGCCUCUGCUAUUCCUGGAGAGGUUUCCCUGGCCCAGUCUGCAGACCUACACAGCGCUGAGUGUGGCUCUGCUGGCUGGAAGCAUCUUCAGCGCCUACACUACUGUGACAGAACAGGGGUUUGGGGUUCCAGACAUGGACGAGCCUCUACCACCUGCACCCUUAGUAGGGGAUAAUAGAGGCGGCCUAGAACAUGUGACUAGCGAUGAUGUUGUGGGUGCAGAUACAGAAUUGGCGACCACUGUUAUGUGGUACCUGGUCACUGACAGUCUCUUUGUAUGGGUGUUGGUGAAUACAGCUUUCUGUUCCCUGAUGUUAAUUGCUAAGAUGAUCCAGUGCAUGGUUUUUGGGCCCCUUCGAGUCAGUGAGAAGCAGCACCUUAAGGACAAGUUCUGGAACUUCAUCUUCUAUAAGUUCAUCUUUAUCUUCGGGGUGCUGAACGUUCAGAUGGUGGAGGAGGUGGUCAUGUGGUGCCUGUGGUUCUCUGCCCUGGUCUUCCUCCACCUCAUGGUCCAGCUGUGCAAGGACCGCUUUGAAUACCUGUCCUUCUCCCCCACUACUUCUAUGAACAGCCAUGUGCGUGUCCUUACCCUACUGGUGUCUCUGCUGCUGGGCUGCUGUGGUCUGGCUGUGAUCUGUGGUCUGCUGGGCGCUGCCCAUGGCAUGCACACCCUCUCCUUCAUGGCUGCCGAGUGUCUGCUGGUUACUGUGCGGACUGGACAUGUCAUCAUGAGGUACACCAUUCACCUGUGGGAUCUGAACCACCCAGGCACCUGGGAGAGUAAGGGUUCCUACGUCUACUACACUGACUUCAUCAUGGAGCUGUCUAUGCUGUCCCUGGACCUUAUGCACCACAUUCACAUGCUGCUCUUUGGUAAUAUCUGGCUGUCCAUGGCCAGUCUGGUGAUCUUCAUGCAGCUGAGGUAUCUGUUCCAUGAGGUGCAGCGCCGCAUCCGACGCCACAAGAACUACCUCCGUGUCAUCAACAACAUGGAGGCCAGGUUUGCAGUGGCCACAGCCGAGGAGCUGGUAGCCAACAAUGAUGACUGUGCCAUCUGCUGGGACACCAUGCAGAGAGCACGUAAACUGCCCUGUGGACACCUCUUCCACAAUUCCUGCCUGCGGUCGUGGCUGGAGCAGGACACGUCGUGUCCAACAUGCAGGAUGUCCCUGAACAUCAGUGGUGAUGGAGGUCCGGCCAGAGGCCAGCAGCAGGGGGCUGGCCUCCCACUGGAGAACAACCUGGGCCCUGGGGGCCCCGCUGCAGACGCCAGACCACUCCUCAACCAACACAAUCACUUCUUCCACUUUGAUGGCUCCCGCAUUGCCAGCUGGCUGCCUAGUUUCUCAGUAGAGGUGAUGCACACGACUAACAUCCUGGCUAUCGCUCAGCAGGCCAACAACUCUCAGCUCAACACCAUGGCCCAUCAGAUCCAGGAGAUGUUUCCUCAGGUUCCCUACCACUUGGUGCUGCAGGACCUGCAGUUGACCCGCUCUGUGGAGGUCACCACCGACAACAUCCUGGAGGGACGCAUCGUGGUGCCCUUCCCUGCUCUGGCGGCUGAGCGUUCCCCCGUGCAGGUGAACCCAGGCCCAGAGGAGGGGGCAGGAGCCAGUGGGGGGGUGGAGACUGCUCCCAGAGAGCUGAACAGCCUGGAGGUCAGAGGGAGCCGUUUCUCCAAGUCUGCAGAGGAGAGACAGAAGAUGCUGCUACAGAGGAAGGAUGAGCUGCUGCAACAGGCACGCAGGAGAUACUUGAGAAAGAGCCCAGAGGACGAGGAGGACCUGCCCACUCUGGAGGAAGACGCCCCUGUCUCAGACGUGACCAUGCUGAGACGCAGGACCAUGGCAGCAGCUGCAGAGAGACGCAUGCAGAGCCAACCAGACCCUGCUCCCUGAGACUAUACUGGACUGUAAACUCCCACCUAAUGCCCUUGGAGUGUCCACCAAACUCCUCACGUCCCACCUAAGAGGCACCUCCAACGAAAGAGCUCUUUACAUUAUAUGAUCAAUGGAAUUACCUAAAUAAAAACAUUACAUUACAAGGUGUUACAAGAAGCAUGGGCUUUGGCUGCACUGUUUUAGGCUGCCCUAGUGAGAUAUAAGAACUGGGCCUUGGGAAUGGUACCAGCCUCCUCUGAACUUUCACCAGGCACCAGAGGCUUAAUUGGACAAGGAUCACCAGCGUUUUAAAGGAGUGGUGGGUGUCUGUCUGAGUUUCUGAAGUGCACACCUGUCAUCACAUAGCUCUAGCCCCCCAGCUUCACUAGACUUACCUGCCAUUCUCUUUACUGGCCAUAAUGGGGUAGGAAAGAGCAUGGUGUCACAGUCCGAGGAUGCUGCUGAGGUUAGUUAGGGUUUGUUAAGGUGCUGUCGCUACAUACAGCUCAAUGUAAUGGAGUGGGACAUAGUUUGUAUUGGUUUUAUUCAAUAACAAAAAUAUUUGUGUUGUAAUGGGUUGAGAUUGAUAUAUGAGAUUGAUUCAUUUGUUGGGUUGAUAACAAUAACUGAUGUUAUUUUAUAAAAAUGGAGUGAAAACUGUGAAUUAAGAGUAGGUUUAAUAGAUUAAAACAUUGAAGCUUUUUUUCUUUUAAUUAAGAGAAUGUCACUUUAGUAUUACAGCCUCUUUGAAAUAUGAAUGUACUUUAUCCACAUUUUAUCUUUAUUUAACUAGGCAAGUCAGUUAAGAACAAAUUCUUAUUUUCAAUGCCGGCCAAGGAACAGUGGGCUCACUGCCUUUUUCACGGGCAGAAUGACAGAUUUUGUACCUUGUCAGCUCUGGGGUUUGAACUUGCAAACUUCCGGUUACUAGUCCAACGCUCUAACAACUAGGCUACCCUGCCGCCCCAUAAUGCUGCAGAGAGAGUAGAAGAGUUUAAAUUCUGGCCGUUGUGGAGACCUGGCUGUUAAUAAUGUGUUAAAUGUCACAUAUCCACCCAAGAAAGAACACUAAAUAGGAAGACAGACAGUAAAACUCUCACCAGUACAGAGUUAUAGAGUGGCUCCCUGACCUCUAGGUCAACCAGUGGUUUCUAUCUGCAGUCUGUAUACCUCCUAAAACUUCCCAAAGCAUACCUACACUGUAUUAAACAUCCAUUGAUAGAGGAACAGAAGUCUGUAUGUGCUCAGGAGUUGGGUUGAGGUUGGAAUACUGAUGAACCUAUCUGAUUCACUCACUCACACUCCAUUCCUGCACUCCAUGUACUGGUAGGUUCAUUCUUGCAGAUGAUAUAUAGGCCUAUGUGUUGGAUGUCUUUGAUAACUAUAAAGGCUUUUUAAAGUUGAGUGGGUGUUGUGUGUGAAUCUCAAUGGAAUGCUUUAGUUUACUUUUACCCCAAAGAACAUUGAUCCCAUGAACUUCCACAUGAUGCAGAUGUCUGUCUUUGAGAUGAGCAUAUUUUUGUGUGUUUGGUUGAUGCAAAAUAUUUCUCUUUCAGCUUGUUUCAUCUGUGGGAUUGUAAGAAGUUUCUACUAACUGUGUUUCAGUGAUGCACCUUUUGUCAAAAAACAAAAUACACCAGUCCGUUUUUCAUUUUUUCAAGCUAUUUAUUGAUCAACUCAUAUUUUCAUAUCCAUGUCAUAUUUUUAUAUUCACAAGGGGUUAUUUUUGUAAUCAUUGUAUAUUCGAUCUAAUCAAAAACAUGAAUAAAUCUUUUGGACUGAGCUUUCCUCAUAUUUUGUGCCUAAAACAAGAAUAGUUAUAUGGUUUGAUUGUGUAAAUAAUGUAGUUUUUGUAAGAACUGCUCAAGUAACAUGAACAAAUUAUCAAUAAUAAACAGAGCUUCUCUACA